UCUUGUUCGCGUGGAAGCUAGCUAGCUACGUUAAGUAUUUGUCACCGGCAGAGAUUCUGGAAUUCUAGUUUGAACAGAACUGUUUCAGAAUUCCCGUCGAAUGUGUUCUUAACCUUCAUCAACUUCGUGAAAAUUCUAAUUGAGACCGAAAUUGAGGACUAGGGGAAACACUUCAUCGAGCCUCUGGCUCAUAAGAUAUUCAGGAUGGCCUCUGCUGCACUUAUUGUUGAUGGGAGCCUGAAAGAGGGGGGUGGUCAAAUUUUAAGAAUAGCUACAGCUUUAAGCUGUUUGUGCCAGAAACCCAUAACAGUAAACAACAUUCGCGCCAACAGAAGUAAACCAGGACUAAGACCACAGCAUCUGAGCGGGAUACAGCUUGUGAGUCGCGUGUGUGAAGGGUCAUUGAAAGGAGAUGCGGUCGGGUCAACAGAGAUUUCCUUCUAUCCUGGAACGAUUGGAGCUGGGAGAUAUACUGCUGAUACAGGAACAGCUGGGAGUGUUGUACUCCUAAUGCAGGUCUCCUUUCCCUGCUUGGUCUACACGUCAGGUGACACUCAUGUGACCUUGAUAGGGGGUACCAAUGCCGAGAUGGCUCCUCAGAUAGACUAUAUGAACAUGGUCUUUCAGCCGAUGGUUCAGAAGUUUGGUAUCAACUACGAGUGUAGAAUUGUCAGAAGAGGCUAUUAUCCCAAGGGAGGAGGAGAGAUACAAGUAAUAGCCAGACCAGUACGUGACCUUUCACCUAUCACAUUGACAGAGGUUGGAUCUGUCACCAGGGUAACAGGAAGAGCCUUUGUAGCCGGCACCUUACCUCGAAAGCUCUCUCAGAUCAUGAGUAAUACAGCAAGCAGUAUAAUCAAGAAAGCUUAUCCUGGUGUAGAUGUUCGGAUAGAUUCUGUACAAGAACCUCAUGGAGCCGCAGUUGGAAACGGAUCAGGGAUCAUAGUGGUAGCAGAGACCAGCACUGGCUGCAGACUAGCUGGAUCCAGUCUGGGAAAGAGAGGUAAACAAGCUGAAGAUGUAGGUCGUGAUGCGGCUGAGGAAUUGAUCAAGAAUCUGCAACAUGGUGGCUGUGUCGAUGAAUACCUCCAAGAUCAGCUCAUCAUUUUCAUGGCAUUAGCUAAAGGUCAAUCCCGAGUGCGAACAGGCCCCAUCACACUACAUACAGAGACGGCUAUCCAUAUAGCACAGCUUUUGACUGAGGCCAAGUUCAGUAUAUCACCAUUAACCGACGGUUCGGGUGAAGGGGCUUACAUGAUAGAAUGCACCGGUAUAGGCCUACAAAACAAACAAGUAGCCUGAACAUCUUCCCCAUGCAUGCUUCAUUGAGGGUGAUACAUCAGGAGAUCCUGGGACAACUCCCUCGGUGACCGGACAGCUGUCCUCGAUGCAGCUGUCAUUUGGGUAAUGUGUCCUCCGGAAGACUUUUCCCCCGGAAGCUCUCCUCUGGGAGGGAUGUGCUCCAUUGGACUUUAUGUUUGGAGAGCGUGCUGUGGGGAGUCAUCAUUGGAUGUUUUGUCCAGACUACUGUAACUUGAAAAUGGCUGAUGCUCAUCUUUAAGUCGAUGAUCUAACCGGAUCCCACUCCUAAUAAAGCUAAAGCUGCUGAAGCUAUUAUUAUUUUGUAAGAGUAGUUGAGUGAUCAUGCUAUGUGAUACUUCAAUAAGAUUGAAUUAUGUAAUUAAUCUAAACUUAAUCCGCAUGGAGAUGUGCUCCAUGGGACGUUUGAAGUGGGAAUUAUAUCAAUAGGUGUCAUAUGGCGCCUUGUCCUGAGUAACUUAAAUGGGUGAUACCUGUCCUGAAGUCGGUGAUCUUACUGGAUUAUACUGCUGCGGAAGAUGUUUCUUUGUUAGAAUAUCUUGAUAGAGCUGUAUACCUUAAUAAUACACAAUGCCUGUGAUCCCUAAGCGCUUAGAGACAAUCUUUGUGAUAAGCGCUAUAUAAAUGAUGUUAAUUAUUAUUAUUAUUAUUAUCCCAUGCCGAGUCAGGGAAAGAGCUCACGCAUAGCCGGACCGUGGCCUUGGCAUUUCUCUGUUACUCCAAAUGGCACUUUCCAUGGAAAAUAUAGUCAGUUGACUUCGUAUUUCUGAAACAUUUUCUUGUUCAUUCUUAUUUCUGAAAGAUCUAAGUGUUGACCAGCAACACAGGCUGAAGUGGUCUUAUUAAUUACAAUAUGAUUACAAAGCACAUGAUCAAAAAAUAAUUAGAGUAUACAUGUACAAAAUUAUAACUGUGACUGGGAUUGGUGUCCCAAUGGAAUAAUGCAUAUUAUUAUCUAUAUAGAGUGUUUUAUUGAUGCAUUAAAAAACAUGUUUCGGUCUGCAUCAAAUGCCUGUUCAAUACUAGAGCGUAUACCUAAAGGCCACCGCACACCUUGCGACUGUUUGCGAUCCGAUUUUGGAUCUUGGACUGCUAUGACGGUGCUACGUAACUUUUUAGAUGAACUUGCCCUGUUGGGCAAGUAAAUUUUAAAUAGUUGGAAUAUACUUGCCUGAUAUCUAUUUCACUUGCCCGAAAAAAAAUCCUUGAAAAAAAGUUUUACUACUUCAAAAGAAAAUAUUAUGGUUUUAGAAACCAUUGACCUUUUUUUAUCUCUUUUGACAUGAACUGAUGUACCUCGUUCUUGCAUUUUUUUUUACAAAGUGAUUUUAUCUUGCCCGCCAUGACCAAAUUUAGGGUCGGUAUAUCAUAUCGACCCUAAUUUUGGUAAUUCUACUGUGAGAAUUUUGCUUGCCCAAUUCGGGCAAGUAGUUUUGGUCUUUACUUCAAAACACUUGCCCGACUAUAACUUUUACUUGCCCAGGGCAAUCGGGCAACUGCUUAUGUAGCACCCUGUAUGACAUCAUUACGACUAGAUAUUAAAAUUGCUUUUAUUCUAAGAAGGAUGAUAGCAUAGUCACAGAUUUGAACAUAGGUAUUCGUACGAUGAUUUCGAAUAUUACACAGUAAUAUAUUUCAAGUCUCAAUAUUAGCAUCAAAUUUUACUACGUUUUAUUCCAAAAUUGAGUCGCAGACCAAUCGUAAGGUGUGCGGUCGCCUUAAAAGGAGCGAAAUCCAACGAAUAUCCAAUAGGCCCCUGUACAAAACAUGCUGUUCAAUAUGACACCAUAUUCAACAGUCUAGUGAGCGUGCGCUAAUGCGUGAAAUACACAACGUGUUCAACAAUGAAUGCAAUGCGAUGCACAAUGACGUUAUAAUGAAUACAUGUAAGUCACAUUUCAACAAUCAUUUGAUCUUGUGAAGUGAUGUGCCACAACAAGUGCGGUAUCAAAUACUUAUUUAUAGAUUUAUUUGCUAUUAAAGGGGAGUUAACUGUGUGUGGUCUCUCAUUGACUGUGUGUUAUAAAUACAUAGUCUUAGAAUAUACUUUUUCAGAUAUCUACUAAUACUACAGAGAAUGAAUUGACCUAUAAUUGUAUUUGUAAAGAUAAACUAAAAUGUUUUGAGAUGAAAAGUAAUUGUUUUGCUACUUGGUAACAUAAUUAUUGCGGUAUAAGUGUAUUGAGUAGUUAAUUAGCAUGUUAUCAUUCAAGUGGGUCUAUAUUACUAGACUACACUAGCAUUAUGGGUCAGGAAACUGGCCAGGGGUGAGUAGUUGAGGACUCGAGAUGGCGCUGUUGGUUCGUAUCUGCUUUAAAGCAUGGAGAAAGAGCACAAUGAACUUAAAAAAUGUACAGGAUGUAAACACAAUUUGUGACAUUUUAAGCUUCCCAUAAUUUUAGCACAGAGUUAGUCCAUGGCCUAAGUUAAACUAGACAGGCCCGUUUGCUCUAAGCAUUACUUGGUGUAUUACUUACUUCUUUUAUCGAUGAUCCAAGUUAUUCAGGGAUAUUCAAUAAUAUCUAUCCUGUCUCUGGGUUUAUUGUCACUUUGGCAUCGUCUACUUUCCUUAUUGGUCUCAUCCCACAUAGCGUAAUCCUACGUUGUCUACAACAAGUUUGUCUCAUCACCAGUUGAUAUAUUUGCCAUGUGGACCAUUUACCAUUUCCAGCCCUGUUGCAUAGCAACCAUAGUUUAAUUGCUCGACAGCCAAUCAAAAAUCAAGAAUUUUGUGGAAGUUGUCCACGAAGAAUAGUAAAGAAUUUAUAGAGGCAGAGAAUCUCAAGUACUUGAGACAGUAAUGACAGUAAUGACAGUUUAUAAAACUGACACUGACUACUAGUAUUUAUUUUCAUUGAAAAUGUGAUAUCCUUCUAGGUGUGUUUCUUUAAAUUUGAGGCUUUAAAAAUAUUGAAAAUGUUUAAAAUAUGACUUGUAAAGUUCAUAAAAGCCUGACUGUAAGUUAUAAACGUGAAAAGCUUUAUUUUUAUUGUUUAAGUGGAUGAAAUCAUUUUAUAUUUGUUUUGAUUAGAAUAUUUGCAAGGAGCUUUAAACAGUUUAAAGCUCCUUGAUAUUUGUGAGGAAUCAGUCAGCGGGGAGCAUUCUUCAUGAAGAGCUUUGUAAGUGGUUUUCACUGAGGACAGCUACUCUUGCAUCUGACUUAGUUGAAAGUCGCUUUGUCAUUUAAAGUUGAUGACAAGACAUUUCAUGAAAUAUCACCUGGGAUGUUGUUGAAAUAAUUAAAGAUAUUAAUUCAGUGAAUUCAGAAGUACUUUUA